UUUGGGUGUAAGAAUGAAGGUGGGGAUUGGAAUUGACGUAGCAUCAGAGGAGGCAAGCAAGUAGGCUUGUAUUUGAGAAAGGAAAUAGGCAGGAAGACAGGCGAACAAGUAAGCAAGGAAACAAUCAGUCAGGCAUUCACAGAGUCAGACACGAAGUCUGCGAGUUCGCAUCCGUGCGGUCAACUUCCACUCUCCUAGUUGAAUUAAUCAACCCAGUGAGUUCACGUUUUAACGACCAGAUAAUCGAGAGUGCUUAACAGUUAGCGACCUAAAUAUCAGGAUGGAUGAGGAAUACGACGCAGUGGUCCUUGGUACUGGGCUCAAGGAAUGCAUCCUCUCGGGGAUGUUAUCGGUCAGCGGGAAAAAAGUACUCCACGUAGACCGCAACAAGUACUACGGUGGUGAAUCCGCAUCCAUCACGCCACUCGAGGAUCUCUUCAGUAAAUUCAAGGCUCCUCCUCCUGAUGAGAACUAUGGUCGUGGACGUGACUGGAAUGUUGACUUAAUUCCCAAGUUCCUGAUGGCCAAUGGUUUGCUGGUCAAACUUCUUAUUCACACUGGUGUCACUAGAUACUUGGAGUUCAAGUCUGUGGAAGGUUCUUACGUGUACAAGUCUGGCAAGAUCUCCAAAGUGCCGAUUGACCAGCAUGAAGCACUGUCUAGUGAUUUGAUGGGUCUCUUUGAAAAGAGACGUUUCCGCAAUUUUCUUGUCUGGGUGCAAAAUAUGCAAGAGGAUGACCCUAAGACAUGGGAUGGCUUUGAUCCGUACAAUAAUAACAUGAGUGCUCUGUACAACAAGUUCAGCCUUGAUAAGAAUACUCAGGAUUUUACUGGCCAUGCUCUUGCCUUGUACAGAGAUGAUGAGUAUAUUGGUCAGAGCGCCAUCAAUACUAUUCGUAGAAUUAAACUGUACAGUGACAGUUUAGCACGCUAUGGAAAAUCACCAUACCUCUAUCCCAUGUACGGCCUUGGAGAACUUCCUCAGGGCUUUGCUAGGCUUAGUGCUAUUUACGGUGGCACGUAUAUGCUAGACAAGCGCAUCGACGAGAUAGUCAUGAAAGAUGGCAAGGUGGUCGGUGUUCGUUCUGGAGAAGAAGUAGCCGCAUGCAAGCAAGUUUUUUGCGACCCCACCUAUGUUCCUGAUAAAGUCAAGAAAGUGGGACAAGUCAUAAGGUGCAUCUGUCUCUUGGACCAUCCGAUACCAGGAACAGGAGAUGCUCUCUCUACGCAAAUCAUCAUUCCACAGAAGCAGGUAAAUCGUAAUUCCGACAUCUACGUCUCCCUGGUGUCGCACACGCACCAGGUAGCUGCAAAGGGUUGGUUCAUCGCCAUGGUUUCUACCACCGUAGAGACAGGCAACCCGGAGACAGAAAUUAAACCGGGUCUUGAUCUACUAGGCCCUAUUAGACAAAAAUUUGUUUCCGUAUCCGAUUACUUGGAACCUACGGAUGAUGGACUUAACAGUCAAGUCUUCAUCUCAACGAGUUACGACGCGACGACGCACUUCGAGACGACUUGUCUCGACGUCCUUGAUAUCUUCAAACGCGCGACUGGGGAGGAAUUCGAUUUCAAGAAGGUUAAGCAUGAAUUAGGCGACGAAGAUCAGUAACCCUAAUUAGUCAGAUAAUUGAGCGACCUUCCCCACUUGGACGCAGGGUCUGAGUGGAACCUGAUCUAAAAGAAUUCACGCAUCACGUACUACUAAGUAAGCAAUGUUAUUCAUACUCUUGUCAACUAUCGGGUAUACUGUCCUGGCAUAUCUCCUCAUUGGAGGAACCAGCCAUAAAGAAAGGAAGGAAGGGUAUACUGUCACAGGAAUGUACGUAUCCUAAGGGAAAAGUGCAAAAAAAAAGAUUCUGGUUACGAGAAAAAGAAGAAUAUUACCGGGCGUCUGUAAUUAAAUUAACGAAUGGACAUUAGAGGUAAAACAAAAUAAACAAAAGGUAUGAAGGAUGGAAGUUAAAUAUGAUAAAGAAAAGAAACUACAAAAGUUAACCAUAUGAGGUAUCCUUGAUGAUUUUUUACAAAGAAAAAGAAAUGAACAAUUACUCUAGAGCCUAACGGCCGUAUAUACUUUGGAAAUUAUCGUUCACCAUUCCUAAAAUUCCUUUUGUUCACGUACAAUAAAUUUAAUUGCAAUUCUAAUAAUAUUCUUGAUUAAGAAAAGAACAAAAGUAUUCCUAAACAAAGAGAAUGAACGUGCUUGUGUCAAUAUUCAUGGUUGCGCCAAUUUCUUUGGCGAUUACCUAUAUAGCAUGUACUUUUUUUCUGUACAAGAAGUGUAUCAUAUUUUAAAUACCUGAAAACAUAUUAUACAGUCUAAAGAUGAAAACGAAAUAUCAUAAUAGAAACGAACGAGAACUAUUUAAAGACUUGAUGCUAUAUCAUGUUGCUGACUGGUGAAAAAUAAAAGUCAUCGCUUUAUCAACACUCACAGUGUUGAGCACUUCUUACGCGCAUAAUACGAAUGGGAUGCCUCUGAUUAGAGAUAGGGAAUGUUAUUAUAAUAUCUAUCAUGUUGUGUAAAAUCUAAAAGGAUAUAUCAUACCGAAAAUGCAAAAUGAAAGUGCAUGGGCUACGUGUAUAACAUUAUCGGAUAUAAAUAAUACGAAGAUGGAUGAACACUUUGAAGAAUGUCAAACAAAAAAUCACACACGCAUUAUAACGUUAGAUUUCGUUCAAUUACGGUAGGAACUUUUAAAAUCAGGAGAAUGGAAUCCAAAAGAAAGAAGAAGAAUUUAAAUGGCAUUUAUCGAAUGGUCGGGUAAUGGAAGAUUAUAUUUAAAAAAAAUUAGAAGAAUAAAAGCUGCAUUGAGAUUUUAGAUUAGCUUGCGAACAGAAAUAUUACUUUGUUACCGUGAGUGUAUCAUAAUAUUAUUAGUUAUAAGCGAAUAAACAUUGGAAAGUAUGACAUCCAGUUCGGUCUGUCUUGCAAUUGCGGAGCCAAAUAAUCUGUUCGACAUGAAAUGAUCAGCAGACUUGAAGGAAUGAAAAGGAAUAGGAAUAAGGUGCACAGUAGGAAAAUUUUGUUUAAAGGCCUCUGUGUCUCAUUGCUCGAAGACUACUCUCAACAACUAUAAAUUAGCACUGUAAUAGGAACUCUUCAUUCGGAAUAAAUGAAUAUUGUAUUAAGGUGUA